ACUUGGCGGGCGCGCGGGGAGCGGAGACGGGCUGCGCGCCCUCGGGCCCGACGCGCCCCGGCGCCCAUGGCGCUGAGCAAAGGGCUGCGGCUGCUCGGGCGGCUGGACGCCUCGGGGGAGUGGAGCGUCCUGCUGGAGGCGCGCGGCCGCGGGGACUGCCUGCUCUUCGAGGCCGGCACGGUGGCCACGCUCGCUCCGGAAGAGAAGGAGGUCAUUAAAGGCCAGUAUGGAAAGCUCACGGACGCUUAUGGCUGCUUGGGGGAGCUCAGGGUAAGAUCUGGUGGCGCUUCCCUGAGCUUCCUGGUUUUGGUGACAGGCUGCACAUCGGUGGGCAGAAUUCCAGAGGCUGAAAUCUACAAAAUCACCGCCACCGACUUUUACCCUCUACAGGAGGAGGCCAAGGAGGAGGAUCGCCUCACAGCCUUGAGGAAGAUCCUCAACUCGGGGGUCUUCUACUUCUCGUGGCCCAGUGAUGGGUCCAGCUUCGACCUCACCGUCCGGGCACAGAAGCAGGGCCAUGACAGCUACGAGUGGGGGAGCUCCUUCUUUUGGAACCAGCUGCUGCACGUGCCCCUGAGGCAGCACCAGGUGAGCUGCUGCGACUGGCUGCUGAAGGUCAUCUGCGGCGUGGUGUCCAUCCGCACGGUGUACGCCUCGCACAAGCAGGCCAAGGCCUGCCUCAUCUCCCGCAUCAGCUGCGAGCGCGCCGGCGCUCGCUUCCACACCCGCGGCGUGAACGACGAUGGCCACGUGUCCAACUUCGUGGAGACUGAGCAGACGAUUUACAUGGAUGAUGGAGUGUCGUCUUUUGUCCAGAUCAGAGGCUCCGUUCCACUGUUUUGGGAGCAGCCUGGGCUUCAGGUUGGCUCUCAUCAUCUGAGACUCAACAGAGGCCUAGAAGCCAACGCUCCUGCUUUCGACAGGCAUAUGGUGCUUCUGAAGGAGCAGUAUGGGAAGCAAGUGGUCGUAAACCUGCUAGGAAGCAGAGGCGGAGAGGAGGUGCUCAACAGAGCCUUCAAGAAGCUGCUCUGGGCCUCUUGCCACGCCGGUGACACGCCUAUGAUCAACUUCGACUUCCAUCAGUUUGCCAAAGGUGGGAAGCUAGAGAAAUUGGAGAACCUGUUGAGGCCCCAGUUGAAGCUGCACUGGGAUGACCUGGACGUGUUCGCCAAGGGCGAGAAUGUAAGUCCACGUUUUCAGAAAGGUACUUUGCGGAUGAACUGCCUUGAUUGCCUGGACCGAACCAACACAGUGCAGAGCUUCAUCGCACUUGAGGUCCUUCAUCUGCAGCUCGAGAGCCUAGGGCUGAAUUCAAAGCCCAUCGCUGACCGCUUUGUGGAGUCCUUCAAAGCCAUGUGGUCUCUGAAUGGGCACAGCCUGAGUAAGAUGUUCACGGGCAGCCGGGCCCUGGAAGGGAAGGCCAAGGUGGGGAAGCUGAAGGACGGGGCCCGGUCCGUGUCUCGCACUAUCCAGUCCAACUUCUUUGAUGGGGUGAAGCAGGAGGCCAUCAAGCUGCUGCUAGUUGGGGAUGUCUACACCGAGGAGUCUGCAGACAAAGGAAGGAUGCUCCUGGACAACACGGCCCUGCUGGUGACGCCCAGGAUCCUGAGAGCCAUGGCAGAGCGCCAGUCGGAAUUCACGCAUUUCAAGCGGAUCCGCAUCGCCACGGGGACCUGGAACGUGAACGGAGGCAAGCAGUUCAGGAGCAACCUCCUUGGCACGGCCGAGCUGGCCGACUGGCUGCUCGACUCCCCCAAGCUCGCCGGCCUCGCAGGACCCCAGGAUGAGGACAGCCCAGCUGACAUAUUUGCCGUGGGAUUUGAAGAGAUGGUGGAGCUGAGCGCAGGGAAUAUUGUCAAUGCCAGUACCACCAACAGGAAGAUGUGGGGUGAGCAGCUCCAGAAAGCCAUCUCACGCUCUCAUAGGUACAUUCUCUUGACUUCGGCACAGCUGGUGGGCGUCUGUCUGUAUAUCUUUGUACGUCCAUACCAUGUCCCGUUCAUCAGGGACGUGGCCAUGGACACGGUGAAGACAGGCAUGGGGGGAAAGGCAGGCAACAAAGGGGCCGCGGGCAUCCGCUUUCAGUUCCACAGCACCAGCCUCUGCUUCGUGUGCAGCCACCUGACGGCUGGGCAGUCCCAGGUGAAGGAGAGGAACGAAGACUACAGGGAGAUCACCCAGAAGCUGAGUUUCCCGAUGGGAAGGAACAUUUUUUCUCACGAUUACGUGUUUUGGUGCGGUGAUUUCAACUACCGCAUCGAUCUCACUUAUGAGGAAGUCUUCUAUUUUGUCAAACGCCAAGACUGGAAGAAACUUCUGGAAUUUGAUCAGCUGCAGCUACAGAAAUCAAGUGGGAAAAUUUUUAAAGACUUUCAUGAAGGCGCCAUUAAUUUUGGACCUACCUACAAAUAUGACGUUGGCUCGGCCGCCUACGACACAAGUGACAAAUGCCGCACCCCUGCCUGGACAGACAGGGUCCUGUGGUGGAGGAAGAGGCACUCUUUUGACAGGACAGCUGGAGAACUCAACCUUCUAGACAACGAUGUAGAUGCUGACACCACCGUCAGACAUUCCUGGUCUCCUGGUGCCCUCAAGUAUUACGGCCGAGCCGAACUACAAGCGUCUGAUCACAGACCCGUGCUGGCGAUCGUGGAGGUGGAAGUUCAAGAAGUCGAUGUGGGUGCUCGGGAGACAGUGUUUCGGGAAGUGUCCUCUUUCCAGGGCCCCCUGGAUGCCACCGUCGUGGUCAACCUUCAGUCACCGACCUUAGAAGAGAAAAACGAGUUUCCUGAAGAUGUGCGCACAGAACUCAUGCAGACCCUGGGCAAUUACGGGACCAUCGUUCUUGUCAGGAUCAACCAAGGGCAGAUGCUGGUGACUUUUGCAGACAGUCACUCGGCUCUCAGCGUCCUGGAUGUGGAUGGUAUGAAGGUGAAAGGCAGAGCCGUGAAGAUCAGACCAAAGACCAAGGACUGGCUGAAGGGUUUGCAAGAGGAGAUCAUCCGAAAGCGGGAUAGCAUGGCCUCCAUGUCUCCCACUGCCAAUUCCUGUUUGCUGGAGGAAAACUUUGACUUCACAACUCUGGACUAUGAGUCAGAGGGGGAUAUUCUCGAAGAUGAUGAAGACUAUUUGGUGGAUGAACUAAGUCAGCCUGUGGUCUCAGAUGGCGAGAUGGGCGGGGACAGCCUCUCUGAAGCCCCCAGCUCCACAGCAGCGGUGCCUAUCAGCAAGUCACCUGCGCUCACUAAAAAGAAGCAGCACCCGACCUACAAAGAUGAUGCUGAGCUGGUGGCGCUAAAGCAGGAGCCGGAAGCAGUUGGAGAUUUCCGGCACCGUUCUCCAAGCAGGUCUCUGUCGGUUCCCACUAGGCCUCGGCCACCUCACCCACCGCAGAGACCCCCCCCCUCCACUGGUUUAGUGGUGAAAAAGUCGGCGUCGGACGUGUCCAUCUCCUCCGGCACCCACGGGCAGUACUCGAUUUUGCAGACGGCAAAACUUCUGCCGGGGGCACCCCAGCAGGCGCCCAAAGCCAGGAUGGGGAUAAGUAAACCCUACAACGUCAAGCAGAUCAAAACUACCAAUGCUCAGGAGGCAGAAGCAGCCAUCCGGUGUCUCCUGGAAGCCAGAGGAGGUGCCCCAGGAGAUGCCCUAACUGCCACAUCCCUGAGGGACCCAGGGCCUUCCAAACCAGAGCCCACGGCAGGGGUGGCCCCGCUCCUGCCCCGGCGGCCUGCGCCCAGAGUCCCCACCAUCAAGAAGCCAACCUUGCGGAGGACAGGAAAGCCUGAGUCACCGGAAGACCAGUUUGAGCAACAGACGGUCCAUUUUACGGUCGGGCCCCCAGAGACAAGCCUUGAAACCCCCCCUCUAGCAGCCGUCCCUCCUGUUCCCAAACCGAGAACACUUCAGUCUGGGAAGGGUACCGAGAGGAAGCCGAGCAGGGGGCUGCCAGCACCAGACGAUGCCCCUCCCGUGGCCACCCCACCGUCCCCGCUGGAGGUUCCGCCGCCCACGCCCCAGGCGCCCCCGAGGAGGAAGAAGUCGGCCCCCGCCGCCUUCCACCUGCAGGUGCUGCAGAGCUGUGACAGCCCAUUCCUCGCGGUCCUCCCCUGCAGUGGCCGCAGCGACCUUCCCCCCGCACACCCACCCGACGGGGGCGCUCUCCUUCCACAGGCCACUGGCCUCAGCGCUUCCUACGCGGCAAGCCCCGCAACCCCCGGUGCCGAGCAGCCCAAGUCCGAGGCGGCCUCCCUUCUUGGUGAUUAUCAGGAUCCCUUCUGGAGCCUUCUCCACCACCCGAGCCUGUUGAAGAAUGCCUGGCUCUCCAAGAGCUCCGACCCGCUGGACUCGGGUACCAGGGGCCUGGAAAGAGCACACACAGCCCCGCUGCAAGGCUCUGCCUCGGCUGCCCAGGAGCUGCCGCCGGGGCGCGGGCCGAAGGACUUCGAUCGCUGCGUGACCGGCAGUGACCAGGACAAGAGGACGGUGCUGCAGGUGUUUGACCCGCUGGCGAAAACAUGAGUAGGAAGCGUGGACAGCGGCUCUCCUACAGAAAGUGUGCCUUCUUCCCUCAGGCGUCCCUUCACAGGGAAAGCCCGGAGCCUUGGCCUCAGCCCCCCCCCCCCCCCACCCUCACCCCUGCUAAGAGACCACUCUUUAAAGGCGCACUGAAAAAACAUUUGGAUUUCUGUCACUCGUGUGUACUUUACAGAAAUUGUGUCUCUUAUUCAAUAAGAUGAUUAUUCAGCCACCAAGAUCGGUUUUAGUCCAGACUCGUGCAUUUUAGUUUCCCCUCAGGGGUCUGAGAAACCUCUGGUUAGAUUCGAUGUGUGGAUCUGAGGACAGGGAGUCUAGCUGAUAAUGUCCAAGAAGUUCUUCCCUGGUUGGAUUUUCCAUGCUUGUUUGUUUUGUUUUGUUUUGUUUUGUGUUUUGUUUUCGAUUUAUGUGUGUCUGUGGUGUUUUUAAAAUGUUGUUUGUACUUUACAGAUUUGGGAUAACUUUUUGGCGAUCCACCUGGAGGUUGAUGUAUCAGCUGAAAGGUGGUCGGGACCAUUAAGAGCUGUACCUGGCCUGCUGACCCCAGGUUAAAAAAAAAAAAAUCGGAGUUGAAAGUGGCCAACAGAUCAACCAAAUGACAAGACGACACAUUCCCGUGAGCCCUUGUGUUUCUGUACACGUACAGGAACCUUGAUUGUGUGGGAGAUGGUGUCAUACGCUGUCUGGGCUCCGAGGCACAUACUGUUAGCUUAGCCGGAGCUCAGGCUGGCUACAGACUCCUCCCCGUACCGUGUCUUAGCUACCGCAUGUCGCCUGACGUGCUGCAGUCUGGAGCCCUGGUGUACUAGUUAAACCAGUUUUUAUCCGCUGGCUCUUCCCUACUAAAGGAAGCCUCGUCGCUUCUUUCCCCCCUUGUGUUCCAUGAGGAGGAAAAGCACAAACCGUGCAGACUCAUGCUGGCACAUAAUAUUGGGCCUCGUCGUGACGCUAGGAAGAACAUUUCAUUUAGCCUGGGCUGCCUGGCUGUGGUUUCGGGAAGGAAAGCACCACCUGUCCCUGUAUAUGAGAGACCCCAGGGCAGCAUUUGUGGGUUUGCUUAUCUGUCUGUGUACUAGGUUUAUAUUUUCGUCUGUACAUUUAUGACACCUUCUUGCCCUAGUCAGUCCUUUAGAAGGACAUCACCAGACUGUUGUACAUUUUAAGAAUAACGUUGCAAGGCCUAGAAUCCGUUUGGAGCAGAUACCAUAUUUUUGCUAACAAGAAAUUCACGGGUGAAAACUUAGUGUGCCACAUACCAUAUUUAGGAGUUUUUAAUGUCCUAGAAUCAUACAGCAGUGACUCUGAACUAUCCCUAAUGUGACUGGAGAAUUGGUUAGGAUGGCACUAAAUGCUAAUGGUUAGGAUGGCAGUAAUCAUCCUGCCUAGGGGGAUACCACUCUCUUUUUGCCUCUGGGAUUUCAGAAUGACUUCUCAUUGCCACUAUCCAGGUACCCUGCAGAUUAUUUAAAUCUGGCACUCAACACAAAAACGGAACUACAACAUUUAUCGCAUUUCAUUUGAAAACUGGUAAAAGCAAAAGGUCUUAGUGACCCACAGGGAUAAACAGGUAAUAUAUGUAGUUGACCAGUCUUAAAAAGAAGGUGUUUCUGGCCUUAGCUGAUUAGGACGCUUUCUGUAGAGUGUAAGUACUUUAUAUCCUGUUUACCUCUCUAACAAACAUGAGUAAACAACGUAAUUCUUGAAGAGUUCAGGGGAGAAAGAACACAAGAUGGGUAAAUGGCUUGGAGAAGUUAAAUAAUUUGCCAGGAUUCACAUUGCUACUAAGAGUACAAUUGGGAAUGGGAUCAAAGAUUUCCUCAUUCAAAUGUUCUUUCCUCUGUCACCUCUUUUUCCCACCAAAAAGGAGGUGAAUUUGAAAGCAGAUUAUGUGUAAUGUAACAGUUGCUUGCAAAGCUGGAAAUAGGCCUAAUUUUCAGGUUUCUUUGUUCUAGAUGCAAAUGGCCAAUAAAUGGGACAGAGAACAGAAUUUUAAUGAAGAAAGGUGCUCAUUACACAGGUAGCUCUUAAGGAUCUGACAUUAAGUAUUCACACAGAAUUGUGUUGACCUCAGGAGACAGGUCACGAGAAAAAUUCUAAGUAGUUUAACGUGAAGAAUCGAACAAAUACUUGAUCAGGGGUGUUCAAAUCCGUGAACAACAUAGACUGGAUUUUGAGGUGAUCAUAUAUAAGGUUCACACACCAAUGUUCUCUUUAAAAAGACAAUUGGAAUUGCCUUACUUAGUUUUUAGGGCUUUAAGAGAUGAUAGGUUUCCUAGGUUAGCAGCAGAGUUGGUUAAAUAUUCUGGACGAGCAACUGCCGGCCUAGGGAUUUCUCUUUGUGGGUUUUUUAUUUCUGGUUUUUCUGUGCCCCCACACAGGCCCUGAAGUGUCUUUUAUUACUGCUCUGUAAGACAGUACAGUUCACCGCAAAGAAUUUGAGGCACAGAACUUUACAAUUCAACAUUGUCUCUAUGACCCCAAUUAUAUUCCCUUUUCCAACCUAAUCUUCUCUGACUUAUUGCCUAUUUUUAAAAUACGUUCCAGUAAAUGACUGAAAUUAGGACAUCUGCUCAAGCAAUUCCUGUAAAAGUUCUAAGUUGUUGAAUUUCAAGAUAGAAUAGAAUUAUCUGGAUAUGUAGAAGUACAAGCAAAGUAAUACAUUAAAACAUUCGCUUUAUAAUGAAAUAAUUUUAUCAGCUGCAAAAAUUAUUUAUUGGGUGACUAGUAAUUAAAACCCUGUAAUGUUUAUUUGAAGUGGUAAUUUGUACUGCAGUUGUAAAAAAUGCCUAUUAAAUAUUUUGUCUUUUUUUUAAAA